AUGUCUCACGAGGAGAGGCGGCGAUUCGCUGCGGUCUGUCGGGAGAAACGAAGAAGCGGAACAGCUGGACGGCGGACGCGAGGCAAGGUCGGGCGCAAGUGGGACCGGAAGGAGGCGCAGUACUUCAGGUCGCUCUAUGCUGACCUGCGCGCCUGCGACCUGCGCAGGCGACGAGCUCGUCGAGAUGGCGACCUGGAAGACGAGGUGGAGAGCGCCCGGGCUGACCACGAGCGGCUUCGGCGAGACAGGCAGGGAGGGCACCUCAUGGCUGACCACUGGCGGCAGUGGCAUUUUGGUUGGACGCCCAGCCAAAUGCACUACCCGCUGCCGGCCAGCCGCGAUGUCCCGCUUCCGCACACGUUCAAGUUUGAGGGCUGGCGAUGGGAGAUCACGCUCGCCUUCCUCCGCUCGUAUUUCCACAAGCAGUUCAUCGGCCUCUUCACGGCACGAACACCCGCGAGGUCUACGAAGCUGCUCCCAAUCGACGCAGAGACCAAUGACAACCUGCUCUACAUGACGUUCAAGGUGAUGAAGGUCAACAAGGCCACACUCAAGGGCAAGAGCACGCAGACCAAGCAGUAUCGACGGUCAGUAGAGAAGAACUACGUGCGAGCCCACCGCUACCGAGGAAACGGCCGGUGGCUGCACGGCUGCUACCCGGGCGAGGGAGGGGCGCGGACCAUCGCACGCGAGUGGCUCCAGGCACACAAGCACGACAACUGGUGA